GUCCUUGCUAUGACAGUUCAAUUCUGCAGAAUCCCACAGCUUGCAGGUCCCUAACAGUGCUAGGAGUUGCUCUGUAAUUGCUGCUCAGCAACAUCAGUUCAGGUCUGAACUUGCAGCACUUCAGCACAGGCUCUGGUUUUUAACUAUUGUAUCCUUUUUCAGGUGAAGGAGACUGGUUCAGUCUGUCCAAGCAACGCUCUCUUGACUUGGGAGAAGCUGAUCUGUUGUAACUGCAGUGGUUUCGGAACGAACAUUUGGUCUUGACUGGCUUUCUGCAGAGGAAAGAGGACCUUUUCAAUGCAUUGCGCACUGCAGCAAAGCAGGGAGAUGCGAUCGCAAAUAGGGCCCCUAGAGUCUUUUCUUUGGGAAACUGAAGCUAUCAAGUCUUCUCACCUGAAAAUGCAUUUUUAUAAUGGUCCCUGGAGAAAGAAAACAUACUAGUGCCAUGGCAUUUUCUGAGGAUGCUGCGGCAGGGGGGUCCCACGGAGAGUACACAGCUCCAGCAGGCUGCCCCCCGGGCAGCUGGCUCUGCCCUCUCUCCCAGGCCGCAGAGCACAGCUCAGGAAUCUUCUCUGCCUGUCAGCUCAAGCAGUCAACUCUCACUGCCUUUCACUGGGAUGUUAAAAAACAUUUAAAGCUGCAACAAGUAAAACCUAGAGCUGUGUGUGGUGGGCCCCCAGGCUGCAUCUGUCCAAAAUGUCCCAGAGAUAAAGAGUCAGUGCAGACUGAGAUAACAAUGUCUAGUCUAAAGAUUGAAUUUCAGAGCUGAAAAAGCCAGGAGUCUCCAGGUAAGGCCAUGCACUGGCAGCUGUCUGAUAAAUUCUUUGCUCUAACUACAAAUAUGCCCUGCUACUAAGACACUUGCCUCACAGUUCAUGCUCAGAAGGUAGGGGCACAAAAAGCUUCAAAAUCAACGAAUGUUUUCUAAACAGUGCAACAGGACUUGGGAGGCCAGAGGAACCAGGCAUACAGCUCUGGUUCUGGGGCUUUCCCACUGGCAUGUUCAGGCAGGAGCACAGGUGUGUGGUUACAGCAGAGAGUUGAGCAGCAGGACUCCGCAGCUCCCUUCCUCGCUCUGCCAUAUGAUUUUGGCUCAGAGGAUGGGUGAGCUGGUUUCUGGAAUGUGCUCAUGGAUUUCCCUGGUGCUCAAUGCCACCAAUGAUAUGCUGCUCAUCGAAAGCUGAGGCUCCCCCAACUCCAGAUGGAGCAGUGCAUGCUACAGGCGCUCGGCUCAUCCAGCAGUCAAGCUGUUAAGAGCGUCAAGUUUAGCACUUUGGCGUCUUGUUUUGCUUCAUUACAGCAGUAAUCACAUCAGCCCCUCAUCUUUCCCACAGACGAGUCUUCUGCUGCUUAAGAUCAUCUUUCUACAUAGCAGCAACUUAUUAUUUUCAGGUAGCUUGAGUAGAGUCUGGUAGAGCAAGCGUGUUUCUUGCUGUAACUGCCCUGUUGACUCUGGCCACUCAGCAACAAUACUGGCUCUCAGUUAAGACCACAUGUGUGGAAUGCACAGGCCUGGGGAGGAGGGUUGUUCUGAUCUUUACUUGCAAAGUCUGUUACUAACCUUCAACAUCUUGUUUCAAAACACAUACGCAUGCUGACUCCAAUUGUUAAGAUAGAACUGUGUCCCAGGCACCCUUACUAGUAACAUCAAUUCUCAGACUUUUUACUCUGAAACAGGAUUAAGUAAAAGAGUGUGUGUCAGCUAAAGAGAACCCCACAACACUGUGAUUAGCCAUGCCAUUAAAUGGUGAACUUUUGGGAAGCAGCCAGAAGUCAACUCCAUCCUUCUAGGCAUCUCAAAAGGAAUUCAGACAUCCAUGGCAGGAGCAGAACCAGAGCACCCUUGUGGAAGGAGGAAGCCUUGGCUGGCUUUGCAGUGUCUCCUUUGGGCAUGUUCCCUAAAAUUCCUGCUAUUCUCACAGCCGCGUGAGCAGCUCUGCCAGCAGAAGUACCUCUGUACGCUUCAAGAGCCAGCAGAUAGAAUGACACCAGACUCAGUGAUGCCAGUUUGAUCAGGAAUGGCAGAGAAGAGCAGGAGAAAGAGGAACACAAGGAUGAGGUUUGAGCUUUCCUUGCUUCUUCUGGGAGUCCUGCUGUGUGUGGCUGGCACCGCUGCACAGGAGGGCCCAGCUCCCAGUCAAGAAUUCCUGGUGGAGAUUUCUGGAACUACGGUGACCAUCACUUGUCCCGUGACUGAGGGCAACAUAGUCUGGACUUCCACUUUGCUAGAAGCAUCCUCCCGUGAGAGGAAGUAUGUCAUAGAGAAUUACGACAGCUCUCCUGUCUAUGUGGGUUGUUCAUCAGGUGAUCAGAAGCAUAAAAUGUACCUGAAUGCCAGAGUGUGCACAAACUGUGAGGAGCUGGAUGCCUUAGCUGUGACGGGGAUCAUCGCUGCAGACCUUCUCAUCACCCUCGGGGUGCUGAUUCUGGUCUAUUACUUCAGCAAGGAUAGGAAGGGAAAAGCAAGCACUGGUGCUGGCAGCCGACCACGAGGUCAGAAGAUGCAGCAUCCUCCCCCUGUUCCUAACCCAGACUAUGAGCCCAUCCGGAAGGGCCAGCGGGAAGUGUAUGCAGGCCUGGAGCCCAGGGGCUUCUGAAAUUCCCAUGGAUGACAGGCUGGAAAACAGUGGCAGAGGGGCCAAGUGCUUCCACCCAGCUUGAUACCGGAGCUCUGCUGUCCUCCUGAGGCCCAGGCAUUUUGGGAUAAGCCAAGUGGUUACACAGGACAGGCACCCUGCUGCCAUCAGCUGUCCCAUGUCGACACACUCCUCCUGCCUUGCGUCUGACAUUAGGGAAAAGGAACAGAUUGGCCUUCUCAUUAAAAGACUGCAGCCUUACCCAUGG